AGCUGCUGGAGAAGUCAGACCUUCAUGCAGUGCUGGCUGAUAAGCUUCAAGCAGAAAAAUAUGACAUGCAGAGCAGGCAUGAGAUCAGUCCAGGACAUGAUGGCACAUGGAAUGAUGCUCAGCUGCAGGAACUGGCACAGCUGAAGAUAAAGCAUCAAGAGGAGCUGACAGAGCUGCACAAGAAACGUGGCGAGCUGGCCCAGUCUGUAAUUGAUCUGAACAACCAAAUGCAGCAGAAGGACAAAGAGAUGCAGAUGAACGAAGCCAGGAUUGCAGAGUAUUUACAAAAGAUUUCUGAACUGGAAACAGAGUGCCAGGAAUUGCGCAGCAAACUGCAAGAUCUUGAGCGAGCUAAUCAGACACUGAAGGAUGAGUAUGAUGCUCUCCAAAUCACCUUCAAUGCCUUGGAGGAGAAACUGAGGAAAACUACUGAGGAUAAUCAGGAGCUGGUGUCACGCUGGAUGGCAGAGAAAGCACAAGAAGCCAAUCGUUUGAAUGCAGAAAAUGAAAAGGAUUCAAGGAGACGCCAAGCUAGGCUGCAGAAGGAGCUGGCAGAAGCUGCCAAAGAGCCCCUGCCUGUUGAACCCAGGGAUGAUGAUAUCGAAGUGCUUGUGGAUGAAACCUCUGAGACAGCUGACGAAACGUCCCCAGUGCGAGCUGUCAGCAGAACGUCCAGUAAGCGACUCUCCCAGCCAGCUGGAGGCCUUCUGGACUCUAUCACUAAUAUCUUUGGUCUGUCUGAGUCUCCCCUUUUGGGACAUCAGCCUUCUGAUGCUGCCAGGAGGCGUUCUCUGUCCUCGUUCCCUGCUCCCCAGGAUAAUAUAGAGCCACAUCCAGGUGCUAGUAAAGAAGUGAGAGUGCCCACUACUGCCAUAUGUGUCUUUGAUGCACAUGAUGGGGAGGUGAAUGCGGUGCAGUUCAGCCCUGGCUCCCGGUUACUAGCAACAGGAGGCAUGGACCGAAGGGUUAAGCUUUGGGAAGUCUUGGGAGAUAGGUGUGAGCCCAAAGGUUCCCUCUCUGGUAGUAAUGCUGGGAUUACAAGCAUAGAAUUUGAUAGUGCUGGUUCUUACCUCUUAGCAGCUUCAAAUGACUUUGCCAGCAGAAUCUGGACGGUUGAUGACAAUCGAUUACGGCACACCCUGACAGGUCACAGCGGUAAAGUUCUGUCAGCCAAGUUCCUGCUGGACAAUGCGCGCAUUGUCUCUGGAAGCCACGACAGGACCCUCAAGCUCUGGGACCUCCGCAGCAAAGUCUGUAUAAAAACAGUGUUUGCAGGAUCUAGCUGCAAUGACAUCGUGUGUACUGAGCAGUGUGUAAUGAGUGGACAUUUUGAUAAGAAAAUUCGUUUCUGGGACAUCAGGACUGAAAGCAUAGUAAAAGAGCUGGAGCUGCUUGGCAGAAUCACAGCUCUGGACCUGAACUCGGAGCGAACAGAGCUGUUGACCUGUUCCCGUGACGAUCUACUCAAGAUAAUUGAUCUGCGGGUUAGUGCUGUCAAGCAGACAUUCAGUGCCCAGGGAUUCAAAUGUGGCUCUGACUGGACGAGAGUUGUGUUCAGCCCUGAUGGUAGCUAUGUGGCUGCUGGUUCAGCUGAUGGGGCCCUCUACAUUUGGAGCGUGCUCACUGGGAAAUUGGAGAGGACACUAGCAAAGCAUCACAGUUCUUCUAUCAAUGCAGUUGCAUGGUCGCCAGCAGGUGCCCAUGUGGUCAGUGUGGACAAAGGAAACAAGGCUGUCCUGUGGUCUGAAUUUUGACUGGACAAAAGGUGGAAGGCUCUGUGUGUGGUGGUGCUGGUCUGUGGCUGAACAGCUUGGAGACCUGAGCCCAGACCCAUCCUGAGUCGGGAUAUUAACAAGUGCAUGGGCUUUGCUUUCCAGAGGAAAGUUCUAAAGCAAUGGAGAAAGGAGCCUGAGUCAGAGACUUCUUACAGCGGUAACUGCACUUGGACUCAGCAAGGGAUUGGCUGUUCUGGAUGGAAAAUGCUACUUAGUCAUGCCUUUACAUGCAGUAUCUAUGCACCAAGUGGAGCUGAAGAUACUAAUGGGAUUCCUCACCAGACAGCUGUGCCAAAUGGCCUGUCACACAAAUGUAUCUACAGCACUUCUGAGGUGGAAACGUUAGAAAGAAGUUACUGACUAUGCUGACAUAACACAUGUUCUGUCUCCUGUGUUCUAUUCGCUUGGUCUAGUUCAGGAAUGGGGUGAGAAGAUCCUGAAACAUGGACAGGUCCUAGGCAGUUUGAAGUAUUGGAGCAGCUUUUACAGAG